AUGUCUCUAAAUGCUCAAGGUGUUGUUGCGAAGGCGGUAGAUGUUGGUAACCAAUUUAAAGAUGAGCAAGAUUUUGAAUGUCGUGAUCAAAUGCUUCAAUGGAUUCGUAUGGAGGCUUCCAAACAGGGAUUCAGUGUGGUUAUCAAAAGGUUCGAUAAUAGUUUAGAUAUAAGAUGUGUUUUUCUGACAAUGACAUGCGAAAGAAGCGGGAAAUGUAGAACUCCACUCUGGAAUUUUAAAAGAGACGAUGUCAGUUCAAGAAAAUGUGAGUGUUCCUUUAAGGUGUGUGGUUACAUGUUGGCAAACAAAAACUGGAUAUUUAAUGUCAUAUGUGAAAAAUAUACUUGCAACAUUGAAACGGAAAAGACCCAAAAAUAUAUAAAUAUCAAGAAAGAGUAUAAUAUUCGGUACCAAGCUAACAAGACGCUUAGGGGGGAUAAAACUGAAAUGCAACAACUCUUGAUAUUAUUGGAUGAUAACAGUUACAUGUCUAGGUACCGAACGGACGAGGAUGGAAUUACUGUUAAAGAUAUAUUUUACACUCAUCCUGAUUCCAUAAAGUUGUUCAACACAUUCCCUACGGUGCUCAUACUUGAUUCAUUGUACAAGACCAACAAGUAUAGACUUCCAUUAUUGAAAAUGUGGCGGGCAGUAGAGGUCGGGGCGGGAUUCGACGAGAGGGAGAGAAGUCUGAAGAACGAAUUAAAGAUUGUUGCACAUGGUCGCAAAUUGAUAGAAUGGCUUCCAUACAUUCUCCCAUCAAUGAUAGAGAGAUGGUUGUCUAAUUUUGGUCUAUCAUCUAUACAGAGAACCAAUAAAAUGUCUGAUAACCAAGAAAGUUUGAGACAUAGUAGAGAGUCCCAACAUACUUCUCUUAGUAUGGAGAAAGCUAAAUCCACACUGACUGCUAUUAGAUAG